UCGUGGGGUAUACCCCACUGCCACUUCCUUGUGUCUAGGAUAUAACAAGAAUCAUUAGCAAAAACAACGGCAACGAUAGCAUUACAGGCAACGCGACGAGCUUUGUGCGUUGCUAGACAGCCGCAUGACGCCAGUUGGAGACGCCGUUUGGGGCAACAACAAUCACAGCCAAGCAACGCCGCCAGAUGACGUCAUCUGCUGCAAAAGGCACAAUAACUGUGAGAACCACCAAACAAAUAGAAAGCAAAAUAAAAAUACCAAACCAAUGCGAACAUAAAAAAAUAACAAAAGGGCAUAUAAACAUCCAGAAGCUAAACGACAAACUGAAUACAAAAGCAGCUCACCCCGCACCAACCCCUCCAAUAGCCAAACAAACAUCUAACGAUAGCAACAGCAACAACAACAGAAUGUUUGCCUCAACAGCUCGCAUUCAUUAUUUGGAGCGGGAGGAGGAGCUUCCUGGCAUCAAUCGUUUGGCCGGCGCGGGCAGCAUUGACGCCAGUGCCAGUGGAUCACCGCCCAGUGGUGUUGGCAUCUCGCCGCAUGGUUCGCCGCAGCUGCAGCCGCGUCUGGGCAGGCAUCUGAGCAAGUCUGCCUCGGAGUUGAAUGGUCACGACUGCCACAGCAACCCAGAAUCGCCGCACAUAUCCCCGAAGCGAGCCAAGAGCGCUGCCUCGCCACAACUCACGGGUGGUGGCAGUGGCAGCAGCGUUUCGGGCGUGGCCAGUGGUACGGGCGUGCUGCAAAAGACGCACGGCUUCUUCAAUAAUCUGCGGCAUCGCUGGAGUCGCGCCAAAAGCAAAGAUCGCAUCGGCCGCAAAUCGCCGAACGAUUUCCUCGAGGAGAGCACCGACUAUGCCGCCGACUACAGCUCCGAGAGCAGCUCCGUAACGCAGAGUCCCCGGCACAGAGCCACCACAAUUGGUUCCCCGCUGGCACGCGAUUUCCGUGCCACAGCCAAAAUGGCGCAGGUCAUUCAACGCUUCGGCGGCUCCAUGGAGGGUCGCAUCGAUGAGCACCCCGAGAACAAUGGCAAUGCCACAGCCACAAUCACCCCGCAGCAGCAGCUGGAUGCCCUGCAGGCCGAUGAGCUGCGCCGCAAGCGGGAGACACAAUUACGACAAUUCGUCUUCUUUCAGCUGCGCGUCCAUCUCAAAUCUGGCUGCGACCUGGUGGCCAUGGACAAGAAUGGACUGAGCGAUCCCUAUGUCAAAUUCAAGGUGGGCGGACGCCUGCUGCACAAGUCGCGCACCAUUCACCGCGAACUCAAUCCCGUGUGGGACGAGGUCUUCAUUGUGCCCGUGGAGGACCCAUUUCAGACAAUUAUGGUCAAGGUCUUUGACUACGAUUGGGGACUGCAGGAUGAUUUCAUGGGCUCGGCCAAAAUCGAUCUCACCCAACUGGAGCUGGGCAAGGCGGAAGAUAUCAAUCUGCAGCUGAGCGAUUCGAAUAACGGUGAGCCGGGCCUCAGUAUGGGCGAGAUACUCAUAAAUCUGACGCUGUGGCCGCGCAGCCAGGAAGACAAGGAAAUGCACUUUCAACGCAACUCUAAAUUGGCCGAGUCAUCAAAGCGGCUUAAGUCCCAGAUAUGGAGCUCUGUGGUGACAAUACUGCUGGUCAAGGUCAAAGAGCUGCCACUAGCCGAAGAUGGCAGCAAACUGAGUGACACACACUUCAAAUUCAGGCUGGGCAAUGAGAAGUACAAGAGCAAGUCUUCCUGGACGGAUCGCUGGCUGGAGCAAUUCGAUUUGCAUCUGUUCGAUGAGGAUCAGAAUCUGGAGCUGGCACUUUGGAAUCGCAAUACGCUUUAUGGCAAGGCCAACAUUGAUCUGAGCGUAUUUCAGCGCGAGACAACGCACGGCAUCUGGAAGCCACUGGAGGAUUGCUCUGGUGAGGUCUUCCUCAUGCUCACCAUUAGCGGCACCACAGCUCUGGAGACCAUCAGCGAUUUAAAGGCCUUCAAGGAGGAUCCACGCGAGACGCAACAGUUGCGAGAUCGCUAUCGUUUCCUGCGCAGCUUGCAGAAUCUUCGAGAUGUGGGUCAUCUGACGGUGAAGGUAUUUGGUGCCACUGGUCUCGCUGCUGCUGACAUUGGCGGCAAAUCGGAUCCCUUCUGUGUGCUGGAACUGGGCAAUGCUCGGCUGCAGACGCAGACUGAGUAUAAAACACUGAUGCCCAAAUGGAACAAGAUCUUUACCUUUAAUGUCAAGGACAUAACACAGGUGCUGGAGGUCACAGUCUAUGAUGAGGAUCGCGAUCAUCGUGUGGAAUUCCUUGGCAAGCUGGUAAUUCCGCUGCUGCGCAUCAAGAGCGGCAUUAAGCGCUGGUACACCCUCAAGGAUAAGAAUCUCUGCGUGCGUGCCAAAGGCAACUCACCACAAAUCCAAUUGGAGCUCACCGUCGUCUGGAAUGAGGUGCGUGCCAUCUGUCGCGCCCUGCAGCCCAAGGAGGAGAAACUCAUACAGCAGGAGGCGAAGUUCAAGCGGCAACUCUUCCUGCGCAAUGUCAAUCGCCUCAAGGAGAUUAUUAUGGACAUACUGGAUGCAGCGCGUUAUGUGCAGAGCUCCUUUGAGUGGGAGUCGCCGGUGCGUUCGAGCAUUGCCUUUGUGCUGUGGGUCGUUGCCUGUGUCUAUGGAGAUUUGGAGACAGUGCCGCUAGUGCUGCUCCUAAUCAUUCUAAAAAAAUGGCUAAUAAGAUUGAUCACCGGUACCACAGAUGCGAAUGCUGGCCACUAUGACUACGAGUAUGAUGAGGAUGACGAUGAUGACAAGGAGAAGGAGGAGAAGAAGUCAAUUAAGGAGCGCCUGCAGGCCAUAUCGGAGGUCUCACAGACCGUACAAAAUACCAUCGGCUAUUUGGCCUCCCUAGCCGAGAGCACCAUCAACACCUUUAACUUUUCCGUCCCCGAAUUAACCUGGCUGGCGGUGGUGCUGCUGCUGGGCGCAAUAUUUGUGCUGCAUUUUGUGCCGCUUCGCUGGCUGCUCCUCUUCUGGGGCCUAAUGAAGUUCUCGCGUAGAAUACUGCGACCCAAUACCAUACCGAACAACGAGCUGCUCGACUUCCUAUCGCGCGUUCCAGACAACGAGGAGAUUAAUCAAUACAGGGAGCUGCCACCGUCGGCGCCCACAGAUCAGGCGCGGAAUAAUCCGAAAAAGAAACUGAAAGGCUCAUAGUCUAUAUGCAGCGCUGAUGCGGCAAUGGGGUCGCUGCAACAUAGCGCAACUACUGGUCCACAGCAUCUGAUGCAGCAGAUGACGACACGCUUCCGCGCCAAUACAAAUCAGCUGAAGCAGAAGUUCGGGCAGGCGAAGAGCCUCAGUCUGAGCCAAGGCGAUAAGUCCAUUUAAGUAUAUUAUACAUAUAGAUAUUAGAGAUGCAAUUUUCGGCACCAGACAAAGUUCCAUCAUGAAAUGUAACUCAACUUAUGCACCAAAGUUUUGCUUGACUUAAGAACUUAACUUAAAAAGUAUUUCAGGAUAUCUUUAACUCUCUAACUUAGUAAGAAAGCGAAUCAAACUAUUUACACUUGAUAGAUACACUGAAACCAGAAUUGGCGCCAGUUCUGUAAAUACACACCAAAACCAAAACCAACAACAACAACAUCAACAGCAACAGCAACAA